AUGCUGGAUUUUUACUCCCGGCUCGCGGUGCUCGGCCUCCUGGCCGUGUUCGGGUACGCCUUUACCCGUCGCGAGAAACCCGACCCGCGCGAACCACCACUGGUGCGCAGCAGUAUUCCCGUAGUCGGCCAUCUGCUGGGUUUCUUGUGGUAUGGCUUAUCAUACUUUACCAUGAUGACCGAGAAACAUGCCUAUCCGAUCUUCUGCCUGAAUAUGGUCUACACCAAGAGCUACCUGGUCACCUCGCCGAGCAUUCUGCAGUCCAUCCAACGGAACAAAAAGUCCCUGAGCUUUGACCCGUUCCUCAGCAUGGCGGCCGAGCGCAUGGUCGGCAUUCGGGGACCGACGCUCGAACUGAUGCGCGAAAAGCAAUCGGGCGGCCAGGGAUUGAAGCAGGCCGUGAUCCAUGCCAUGCAACCCACCCUGAUCGGCGCGUCCCUGGAUCGCAUGAACGAGCGUAUGGCGCGUCUGCUGCGACCCCUGGUGGAUGAUCUGGCCAGCACCUCCACGGUUGACCUCUACGGCUGGUGUCGCCAUGCCAUCACGGUCGCCAGUACGAAUGCCUCGUAUGGACCAUUGAACCCCUACCAGGAUGCAAAGAUCGAAGAGUCCUUCUGGUCCUUUGAGUCGCAUCUCAGCCCGUUAAUGGCGAACUUCCUCCCCUGGCUGACUGCGCGCACCGCGUGGCGAGGUCGUGAGGCGGUUGUGGCUGGGUUGGUGCGGUACUACGAGCAAGGGGGCCACGAGGACGGAUCGGAGAUGACCCAGGUGCGAUGGAAGACGAUGAGAGAGGCCGGGGUGGCCACCGAGGAGAUUGCGCGGGAGGAGGUGGGUAUGGGCAUCGGGCUGCUCUCUAACACGGUUCCCGCCGCCUUCUGGGUGCUGUAUGAGCUGUACUCCCGGCCCGAUCUGCUGGAGGAAAUCCGCGAGGAGAUCCGCAGGAAUGCGCUCCGCGUGGACGCGGACCAGCGGCACAUCAUCGAUAUCUCGGCCAUACGCGACAACUGCCCGCUCGUGGUCUCGAGCUUCCAGGAGAUCCUGCGCGUGCAGUCUGCAUCCGCCCCGACGCGAUUUGUCAUGGAAGACGUGAUGCUGGCGGAUCAAUAUUUCCUCAAGGCCGGCAGCAUGAUCAACAUGCCGGCCGCGACGUUGGGGCGGAUGCCCGAGGCAUGGGGAGAGACGGCGCGGGAGUUCGAUGCGCGGCGGUACAUGCGGUCGGAUGAAAAGAAUCCGCGGCGCACGGGAGGCUUCAUGACAUUUGGCGUGUCCCCCGUCAUCUGUCCCGGGCGACACUUUGCCAGCUCGGAGAUUCUCGGAUUAGCCGCUCUGUUGGUGCUCCGAUAUGAUAUAGCGCCGGUGGAUGGGCAGUGGCGCACGCCGCGGUUGAACUCGAUGGCGGUCGCGUCGAAUAUGCGACCGCUCAAGGAUGAGUUCCCCGUGACGAAUGGAAGAGUGGGUGGUGCAACGUGA